CCCGCGGCAGCGCAAAGAUGGCGGCCGCCAUGGCGGCGGGGCUGGGCCGCAGGGCCCCGCGGCUCUGCUGGAAGGCCGCUGAGUCCUUGCUCCGUCCCGGGGCGCUGCCGCCCUGUGUGGUUGUGCCGGUGCGGAGCAGGAGGAAGGGCCCGCGGCUGCCCGAGUGGGCCCGGGAGCUGAGCCCCGAGGAGAGGCAGAGGCGGCUCCGGUCCGCGGCGCCGAUCUUCCCGGACGAGCGCAUGGAGCGCACCUUCUUCUUGGCUUGCACGGCUGAGAUCAUGGAUCCCUACGUCCCUCCCGAGGGCGAUGCCCGCCUGACCUCGCUCUCCAAGGACGGGGUGACGCAGCAGAUGCAGAAGCUGAGGCAAACAGCGGCCUCCCAGCUGGCCCUUCGGAAGAUCAAGGAUCACGACCCGGAUUUCAGCACCAAAACCUUCCCUGAGAAAGCCCAGGAGAUAUUUAUUGAGGCCCACAACUCCCUGGCAAACUUUAACAAGCAGAAGCUUCACUCCCUGGUGACCGAGCGCUGCUACCCCGACAUGGUGCGUGGGAACAGGUACAGAACCAUCCGCUGGAGGUUCCUGGAGUCCCUGGAGCCCCCCAGGGUGGUGCACGUGCGCUGUGAGGGCAUCCUGAACCGGGGCAACCUCUACGGGCAGGUGACAGUGAGGAUGCACAGCCGCCAGAUUUUGGCCAUCUAUGACCGCUUUGGGCGGCUCAUGUACGGCGGGGAGGAGAUUCCCAAGGAUGUUCUGGAAUAUGUUGUGUUUGAGAGGUACCUGGUGAACCCCUAUGGAACCUGGAGGAUGCACGGCAAGAUCGUCCCAGAGUGGGCCCCGCCCAAGGAUCCCAUCAUUAAGACCGUGAUGAUUCCAGCCCCGGAUCCCUCACAGGAGCACGAAACAGUGAAGUAGAAGGUUCUGGAACGUGGACCGGGAUAACAAACAGGGAAUGGGCUCCAGCCACUCCGGAUUUGCCCCUCCAGGAGCAGGGAGCAGGACCUGGAUGAGCUGUGGGAAGAGCUCGGCUCUGUCCCGCACUCCGUGUGCUGCAGCCUCCCCCUCGCUGGGUUUCCCUGAGGAUGAGGAGCCCUGGGAUCCACAGCCGCCCUCUGUCCUGGAAUUCCUUGGGAGAGCCCUUGGAACAUUUGUCACCUCCCUGGGAGGGGUCACAGAGCUGCUGCCCAGCCAUUAAAACUUCACCUGUGUUCUCCCA